AUGACGUCACCAGGCGCCCGCGUUUACGCUUUGCUCUCCCUCGCGGAGCUCCAGAGGAGUCUCUUCGAGAGACCGAGACCACGUUUCCGGCCUGAGACGUGUCCAAACCGGGGAUCAUGAACCGCAGCCGCCAAGUGACCUGCGUGGCCUGGGUCCGCCGCGGCGUGGCCAAAGAGACGCCAGACAAGGUAGAGCUAAGUAGAGAGGAAGUAAAGCGUCUCAUCGCUGAAGCGAAAGGGAGAUUACAAGAAGAAGGUGGCAGUGAGGAAGAUGAGGCAGGCAGUCCUUCAGAAGAUGGCAUGUGGCGUACCCAGGCACAGCCUAGAGAGCCCCUGGAUGAUGGUGACCCACAGGAUGACCGUACACUAGAUGAUGAUGAGCUGGCUGAGUAUGACUUGGACAAUUAUGAUGAAGAGGACAACCCAGAUGCUGAGACUAUUGGUGAAUCUCUGUUGGGUCUUACAGUCUAUGGCAGUAAUGAUCAAGAUCCAUAUGUUACCCUGAAAGAUACGGAACAAUAUGAGCAUGAAGAUUUCUUGAUUAAGCCCACUGACAACCUCAUCGUUUGUGGCCGUGCUGAACAAGAACAAUGCAAUUUAGAGGUACAUGUUUACAAUCAAGAAGAGGAGUCUUUCUAUGUACACCAUGACAUACUCCUGUCUGCAUAUCCUCUGAGUGUGGAAUGGCUGAGUUUUGAUCCAAGUCCAGAUGCAUCUUCUGGAAAUUAUAUUGCUGUGGGAAACAUGAGCCCUGUCAUUGAGGUAUGGGACCUGGAUAUAGUGGACUCUCUAGAGCCAGUCUUCACACUGGGAAGUAAACUUUCAAAAAAGAAGAAGAAGAAAUCAAAGAAGAGUUCCUCAACAGAAGGGCAUACUGAUGCUGUCCUUGACCUUUCCUGGAAUAAGACAAUCAGAAAUGUGCUGGCAAGUGCAUCCGCAGAUAGCACUGUGAUUCUCUGGGAUAUGUCUGUAGGGAAGCAAGCAGCCAGGCUUACUGCACACACAGACAAGGUCCAGACACUGCAGUUUCAUCCAUUUGAAGCACAAACUCUGAUUUCUGGGUCAUAUGAUAAGUCAGUGGCUCUGUAUGACUGCCGAAAUCCAAACCAGAACCAACGCCUGUGGCGAUUCAGUGGGCAGAUUGAGAGAGUGACGUGGAACCACUUUUCACCUUGUCAUUUUUUGGCCAGUACAGAUGAUGGCUUUGUAUAUAAUCUGGAUGCACGUUCAGAUAAGCCAAUAUUUACACUUAAUGCACACAAUGAUGAAAUCUCUGGUCUUGAUCUGAGCAGUCAGAUCAAAGGCUGCCUCGUUACCGCUUCAGCAGACAAAUAUGUGAAGAUCUGGGACAUCUUAGGAGACAGGCCAAGUCUCAUUCAUUCGAGAGACAUGAAAAUGGGAGUUCUUUUUUGUUCUUCAUGUUGUCCUGAUUUGCCAUUUGUAUAUGCCUUUGGAGGACAGAGAGAAGGACUCCGAGUUUGGGACAUAAGCACUGUCUCUUCAGUAAACGAAGCAUUUGGAAGACGGGAGAGACUGGUUAUUGGAAGCGCAAAAGGCUUGUCUGUUAGUGGCCCUUGUGGGAGCAAGAGCCCACAGACACCAAUGGAGACCUGACAACGAUCAGUUUCCUGAUUUGCUUACCUUACCUCGGGAUUUCAAAAAGCUGGCCUAGAAAUGUUCAAGUGUACCUAUAGCCAUAAUGGUGGAAACAAAACUGAGUUCAGUUCUUUUUGUCAUUCCCCUCUGCAGCUUUGGUGGCAGUCCACAGCCUUUGUAUCUGCCUUCAACUGGGUAUUGUACAGAGUUCUUGCAUUUCUUGAAAAUAAAAGAUUUUCAAAAAAUUA